AACUUGCAGGUCUAGGUGCAGAGGUAAACGAAGACACGAGAAAAACUUCCGGCAACUCACCCACGAACACUCCUUUCAAACGUUGCAGGUUGUGUGAGGGUGUAGUAGCUAGGAGCGCCAUUGUCCCCCCAACUGUAUACGCGAGUAGGUGUCUCCCCCGUUUAAAAGUGGCUGAGCUAAAGAUAGUGUCGCCCUGUGGGAACGCAUGACGAUCACACCCAAAUGAAUGCCUUUCUCACUGGCAAGUUGUUGCCUCUUUGCUCUCAUGUCUGCUGUGACCUAGGAUACAUAUCAAAUCUUCACUGACUCCACGCCAAGCCAGUCUUAUCCUUCAGUGUCAGCGAUGGACGAAAAGCUUUUAAAGAGAACAGUCGGCUAGUCGUGAAGAUUGUCGUGUAGUUGGUGUGCUUGAGGUUUUGUGGACAGGUACUUGAAGGACACUCAAGUCUCCUCUCCCUGUUCCCAACCCCGCCCCCACUCUCUGUCUCCACAUCUCAAAGCUCGAGGCAUACGGCAAGACCUAGACCCGACUAACCACUCACACCGUCGUCAACAUGUCCGUGGAGGACCUGCUGCUGCACUUUGACUACGAUGAGCACGACGAGAAGCAGUUCUACCUGCCUGGCGACGUCCUGCGCGGGAAGGUGUUCCUGCACCUGCGCAUGAGCCUGCGCGUUCGCACCAUGUCGCUGCACGUGCAGGGCGGGGCCGCGGUGUCGUGGGAGGUGCCUGGCAAAAAGAAGAUCUACAGCGCCCGAGAGGUGUACUUGCAAGGCGUCAUCAAAAUGGUGGACGCAGGAGCUGACCACCCGUUGCUGCUGGACCGGGGUGUCCACGAAUUCACGUUUUAUUACCAGCUGCCCCCUGACCUGCCGUCCACCUACUCCGGCAUCUACGGCAGCGUCAGCUACGUUGCCAAGGUAAUACUGGACCCGGAGGACGGGGCCAGCGCCACUGUCACCAGCGAACCGUUCAUGGUUUUCCGGAGACCCGCCUUGCCCCCCGACACUUUCGCCGACAAAGACCUAAAGCCAGCAAGAUGUUUGUGGGCUUCUUGAGAGGAGGGGAGAUCAAACUCCAGUGCAACAUCAGCCGCACCGCCGCCAUCCCAGGCGACAUCAUCUACAUCAACGCCGAGGUGUCCAACUGGAGUCCACGGAGCAUCACACACAUUCAAGCGGCCAUCGUGCUGGAGAGCACGUACCGCGCCCACAACAGCCGCAAGACCAUCGUCUUCCGCCAGAUCAUCAACAAGCGCGUCGACGUCUUCGAUGUCCGGACGCUGCGAGGGCGACGAUGGCGGAACGUUCAAAUGCACGUGCCUCCCUUCAUUCCGGACUCGAACCUCGAGGGCUGCAGCAUCAUCGACAUCUCUUAUUUCUUCGAAUACCGCGUGCAGAUCGCCGGCAAGGACGAUCUGGUGGCGCGCACCCCGCUGUGGGUCGGAGGUCACCCAAUCGAAACGCGGCUCGUGCAUGGCGUCAGCGGCGUCAGGGACAGUUUCCAUGCUGACGCCUACUCCGUCAGCCACAAGGACCUGCCCUGGUACGGGGGUGAUGGUGGUGGGUGGGGCACCAUAUCGGAAAGUGUCGAUGGAGAUUCAUUCGAACUGAGGUGAAGGAAAGAAGGGAAGGAGGGUUUAAGGGAUCGUAUUCUAUUUAUCAAGCGACACAGCCAAAAGUGCAGCUAGCUCCUCGUCAGUAAUGGUGGACAUGAUCACAACAUCUUAAGCUUCAAUACAACAUUGGCUUUUUCCGCAUUUAUAAUAAUCGAAAAUGACAGCCGAAUGAAUGUAUAAGUAUAUCAUUGCCUUUAAUGACAAUGACUUAUCAAGAGAAGCUUAAUUAUUUAUGGCAUCCACGUAUUUGGUUUCUGCAAAAACUUGUUAAAACUUGUUAAAUACCAUUUGACUCAGACAUUACAUAAUGGUUGAGUCAAACGAAAUACUACAAACAAUUGUUUAAAGGAAACAUUAUUGCAUGCUUUUUGAGAAAACUGCAUUUGGUUAGGUGGGAAAGUGUUUCAAGAAUGACAGUAUGGAAACCUUUAGCCAGGUGAGAGAAAUGUUACAGUCUCACACCUGCACCAUGGACCAUCAGGCUGGGAUCGCAUAUGUACAUAGGUUAAUAAUGAGCAUCUGUUGAUUCUGCACAUCAAGGUCUGGUUAAGUGCGAUAAUCGUGAAAAGAAGGGAGGCUUUGACCUCAUCCUCUGACCUGUACACGAAUAUAAGAGAAGUGUCAGCAGGUGGUAUAGGGGUCCAGCCCCUUGAGAGUUACAACUCUUCUCAAUCUCCUCCUUUGUGUGUGUGUGUGCAUGUGUGUGUGUGUUCAUGUGUAUGUGUGUGAAUAACUUCAUUGCCAGUCUUCUAUCAUACCCGACCCUCCACCUCCACAUUACAAUCCUCUUGCGGCCAUUGCACAGUUGCCCGACUUGCGAUGCUCCUCCUAUGGAAAUGUUUUCACUGACAGGUGACCCCUGUCGCCCCAAAGGCCUCAGCAUGAAAUGACUGCAAUAAAUCUGUCAAAACAGUCCGGAACAUUAAACACCUGGAUUUUUUAAAACCACAGAUACGAUUGCCCUCGCUGUUGCUUCCCUUACACUAGAAGUUCUCGGUGCCAAAGUAAACCCAACUCCCUCAACCUUGGUGUUUAGCUUUUAUUGGAAGUUUUUGUUGCCAGAUUUCACCCAAACCCCAUUGCUCUGAUGUUUUUUGUUUAUUCAAAGAUAUGUGUGUGUGUGUGUGUGUGUGUGUGUGUGUGUUUUACCAAAAUUACCUUGAAAAAAAUGAUUGAAACAAGUACUAAUUCUUGAAAUUUUUAAAGCGCCCAGGUUUAUCGGCCCAAAAUGUGUCACAGAAUUGAAGUAAUUAACAACCUUAUCUUUUUUUUUUUUUUAAAAAACUGUUUAAUUUGUAACAAUCAUCUAGUGAAGGAUCUGUAAAUAAUGGACUAACAUAGGAGGUAUAAUUUCAGAGUGUAUGAGAGCUUUUUCGUGUUACUAUUUUCAUAGUGCUUGUUCUACCAUUGAUCCUAAAUUUUUCUAAUUGAAAACUUGUUUGUUCCAUCUGUUAUGUUCCUAGCAUUUAAAAACAAUCAGUUCCUCCACCAGAAAAAAUUCUUGGCGUGACUUGCAGAACUUGUCUGUCUUGACAUGCUUGGAAAAAUACGAAUUUUAUGAAUACUUCUUUUUCUCUACCUCCCCCACCUACAUCUAGAAAAAAAGUUGGAUGUGAAUGACAUGCUUAAAAGAAUCUACAGCAACAGGAAACUGGCUUAUCUUUGCGCAUGCGCUUUGGAGACUUGCAAACAGCAAUUAAGUCGUGGAGCGAUAAUUUCGUGCUUUUAGCGACACAUUAAAUGUAAUUAAAGCCCUGAUAA